UCACCACCCUUAACUAAGCUUGAAUUCUUACUUUUAUAUACACAAAGAUCACGUUGCACUUCAUAACUAUUCUAACUCAUAAAUCUCACAAACACGAUCCAACUUUGUAAGAAAAAAUAUAAACAACAUGGAAUCCGUUCUUUUCCGGACCGUUUCCGGACCGAUCAACUCGUCGUUGUUGCCCGUUUCCCUUCCACUUCGUCACGGUUCCUUUUCCAGUUAUGAGAAGUUAGAUUUUUCGCCUUUGGAAGUGAACACAAAUCGUCGGAUAAUCAGCCGAGCUUUAUCCGAGCCUCAGCCGAUUAAUAGAUUGAGAUCAAUCAGUUCCGGAUCACAAACCUUUCCAGAAAUGUUACCGGAGGUAGAUGAAGAGUCGUUACCCGAUGAAGAUAUUGUUGGAGGUAUUGGAUCGCUAGAGUUCGCUGCGAAAUGUUUUGACAAGAUGAGUUUGUUCUCGGCUAGUGGCGUUGGUAGCGCGAAUGGACCAGAUCGCGAUAGAUUUGGUCCUGGUGGAAGUAACAGUAACAGUAAAAGUAACGAUCAGAACAAAAUUGGCGCGCAUUAUAAAAAGAUGUUGAAGUUGGACCCUAAUGAUCCUCUUCUUCUUAGGAACUAUAGCAAGUUUUUGCAUGAGGUAGAAGGAGAUACUGUGAAAGCAGAGGAGUAUUACGGAAGAGCGAUACUAGCGAAUCCUGGAGACGGAGAACUUUUAUCGCUUUACGGAAAACUAAUUUGGGAUACACAACGAGACGGAGAAAGAGCGAAAUCUUACUUCGAUCAGGCGGCUAUCGCUUCUCCUGAUGAUUGUAUGGUGAUGGGAUCAUACGCGAAAUUCAUGUGGGAAGCGGAAGAUGAUGAAGAAGAAGAAACCGGAUCAAAGGUGUUGGUAUCUGGAUCACAACCAUUGGUGGCGGCUUUCUAAGUUUGAAUCGAUGGUAGAUCGAUCAUAUGCCUAUAGGCGUUAAGUACCGAGUGAUUAACGAUAAGGUGUUAUGUUACUAAAGAUUAAUAACUAUGUGAAGCUAAUUGCGUAGAUUAACUACAAAUAAAGUGGCAUGAUCAUCUAAUAUGUUUGUACAGAAGACUUGGUGCCAUGUGGCCCAUCUGUAUAAUAAAACAUCCUUUUUCAUAUGAAGAUAAAGCCCAUGAUCAUUGACAUGAUUAAAAUGGGCCAAAGGUUAUAGUU